AUGGCGCGCAGCAGCGAGGCAUUCAUCCUCGACUUCUUCGACAGCAACCCCCUCAGCCACGCAGCCCUGCUGCUGCUGCGAGACGGCGUCGCCUCACAGCUCUCAGAGCUCACCUCGCCGCCCGACUCGCACAUCAAGGCGCUGCAGGCCAACCUCUCCGCCUCAGGCCCCGCCUCCCUGCAGAACGUGUUGGAGGCGGCGGUGGAGGUGGUGGCACACGUGCCGGCCUACGGCCACCGCGAGCUGCUGCUGCUCUUCGCCGCGCUCGCCUCCACCGACCCCGGUGACAUCCUGCCCGCCAUCCGCCGCGCGCGCGCCGCCCACCUGCGCUGCUCCAUCAUCGGCGUGGGCGGCGCCGAGGUGCACAUCUGCCGCCAGAUCGCCGAGCAGACGGGCGGCCGCUACAGCGUCGCCAUGGAUGACGCUCAUCUGAGGGAGCUGCUGAUGAGCCACGCGGCGCCACCAGCGGUGCAGGCGGGCAGGGCGGGCAGUGCAGCGAGUCUCGUGCGGAUGGGCUUUCCCCAGCGCGCCCCCGAGGGGGCAGCAGCGCUGUGCGCCUGCCACAUGCACCUCCGCCUCGCCGCCACCUACGUGUGCCCCAGGUGCCGGUAUGUGUGCCCCAGGUGCCGGUAUGUGUGCCCCAGGUGCCGGUAUGUGUGGCCCAGGUGCCGGUAUGUGUGGCCCAGGUGCCGGUAUGUGUGGCCCAGGUGCCGGUAUGUGUGGCCCAGGUGCCGGUAUGUGUGGCCCAGGUGCCGGUAUGUGUGCCCCAGGUGCCGGUAUGUGUGCCCCAGGUGCCGGUAUGUGUGCCCCAGGUGCCGGUAUGUGUGGCCCAGGUGCCGGUAUGUGUGGCCCAGGUGCCGGUAUGUGUGGCCCAGGUGCCGGUAUGUGUGCCCCAGGUGCCGGUAUGUGUGCCCCAGGUGCCGGUAUGUGUGCCCCAGGUGCCGGUAUGUGUGGCCCACUUGCAAGCUGAGCUGCAUGCAAGCAAAGGCCCAACUUCGCCCACCUCUUGCCUCUUGCCUUUCUUCCCCCUCCCUGCCCUCUCCUCCCCCCUCCUCCCCUUCCCUCCCUCAAACCUCUCCCCCCCCUCCCCCCUCCCCACCCCCCCCUCCCCCCCCUCCUAGCUCACGGGUGUGUGCACUGCCAGCGGAGUGCCCCGUGUGUGCGCUCACACUCGUGUCCUCGCCGCACCUCGCCCGCUCCUACCACCACCUCUUCCCCGUGCCGCCCUUCUCCGAGGUCCCUCUGCCGCCCGCUCCCAAGAGACCUGCAGGGCAGGCAGCCCCUGCCGCCCCGCACAGCGACCUGCCGCCCGCCUGCUUCAGCUGCACUGCCGCUCUGCCUUUCCUCGAAACGGAGGGAGGGGGAGUGCGGGUGGAGUGCCCCUCGUGUGCGCGGCACUUCUGCUUUGACUGCGACGUCUUCAUCCACGAGAGCCUGCACAACUGCCCCGGCUGCGAGGCCACCCGCCUGCCCCAACUGGCGUAG